UUCUCUUUGUCUGAACAAAUACCUUAGCAGAAAUCAAGGAAUCUUAAUUACUGAAAAUAAUCGUCUGAUUAAUACAAGAAAAGGGUUCGAAGAAGAAAUGGAGAUCAGCAGUUUUUGGAGUUUGGCAGCCAUUAACACAGCAGCAAUAUUAUUACUAUCAUUAUUAGUGUACACGAAAUUGAGAAAAGAUGCUGCAACGAAUCCUGGCCGUCCAUGGAACCUCAGAUCAUGCAAGAUUCUGCCACGUGGCAGCCUCGGAAUCUGGCCUUUCAUCGGAGAGACUCUCCACUUCAUCGCCUCUGCUUAUUCCGACAGGCCCGAAGCCUUCAUGGACAAACGACGUCGUUUGUAUGGCAAUGUUUUCAGGUCUCAUCUGUUCGGUAAUCCGACGAUCGUCUCGACGGAUGCAGAAGUGAGCAGAAUGAUCCUCCAGAGUGAUCCCAAUUCAUUCGUGCCUUCUUACCCUAAAUCGUUGAUGGAGCUGAUGGGGAAAUCCUCGAUUCUGCUCGUCAAUGGCGCCCGCCAGAGACGAAUCCAUGGAUUGAUAGGAGGGUUUCUCCGGUCCGCCGGAUUCAAAGUUCAGGUCACCGCCGACAUGGAGAAAUGUGUGCUGGCAGCCAUGGCGGAUUGGGGAGAAGAUCGACCUGUUUACAUUCAAGACGAAGCAAGAAAAAUUGCAUUUCAAGUUCUGGUAAAAGCACUGAUCAGUUUGGAUGGUGGAGAUGCAAAAAUGGAGGUUUUGAAGAAACAUUUUCAGAAAUUCAUAGCUGGCCUUAUGUCUUUACCACUCAAAUUUCCUGGCACUCAGCUUUACAGAUCCUUACAGGCGAAAAAGAAAAUGAUAGAGGUGAUAGAUGAGAUAAUAGAAGCAAAAAGAAAAAGAAUUUGCAGAAUGGAUGAGAAUAAUAAUAAGAACAAUAUGUAUGGAAAUGGAGCUGCAAAAGAUGUUGCAGAAGCACUGAUGAUGAACGAAGAUCUUACAGACGAUGCAAUUGCAGAAAACCUAAUUGAUCUUAUGAUACCUGGAGAGGAUUCUGUUCCUCUUCUCAUCACUCUUUCCCUAAAAUACCUCUCUGAAUCUCCUGCUGCUCUCCACCUUCUAACAGAGGAAAAUGUUAGCAUGAGGAGAGUGAAGGAGAAGAAAGGAGAACCCUUUUCAUGGAAUGAUUAUUUGUCACUGCCCUUCACACAAAAUGUGAUAACAGAAACCCUAAGAAUGGGGAAUAUAAUAAUAGGGGUGAUGAGAAAGGCCAUGAAAGAUGUAGAAAUCAGAAAGGGAAAUGCACAUUAUUUGAUCCCAAAGGGAUGGUGUGUUUUGGCCUAUUUCAGAUCUGUUCAUUUGGAUCAUCAUCUCUAUGACUUCCCUUAUCACUUCAAUCCUUGGAGAUGGCAGCACCAACAAAAUAACAAGGAAAUGGUGAUGAGUAAAUUUACACCAUUUGGAGGAGGGCAAAGGCUGUGCCCUGGCCAUGAACUCUCCAGGCUGGAGGCUUCCAUUUUCCUUCAUCAUUUCGUCAAUCGAUUUGCCCGAUGGGAAGCUGAGGAAGACAGCAUUAUAAACUUCCCAACUGUGAGAAUGAAGAGAAGAUUGCCUGUUUGGGUCAAAAAGGCCACUUCAGAUCAAUUCAACAUUUUUAAAAUUAAUUGAACAUCUUGGGAUUAUUUCAAUUUCUAUAUAUAUAUAUAUAUAGUUAGAUCACACACAUAUAUAUUUUAUAUUGUUAUUGUCAUUACAUUGC